GUCCGUUGCCUAGGUGCUGGUAGAAGCCAAUUUACACCGCCACGCCUGUCCAAAGUCGUCCGUAUUUACUCUAAAAGAGCGGACAUGAGAUACUGGAUGGAUUACUCCAGCAAUGUGAGUGCUGAAGUUUGAGGAUCUGCUGAUCUCUGGCGCAUCGUUGGAGCCUGAGUUAGCAGAAAUGUUGUGUGGGAUCAGUACUUCGACUGAUGGAGAUAAAAUUCAUCCCUUACAGACGCUGCUGUGCCAAACUUAAUUUGUAACGAUGGAUAAUAAAGAGGUGUUGACGGAGCUGGACAAGAUUUCUAGGCGGCUCCAGGAGGAUGGCUUGUCACCAGGGGCCAGUGCAGAAGAGAAGCAGUGCCACCUUUGGCAGCAGCUUCUCAACACUGAGGCGAAGCUUCAUGCAGCUACCCAAGAGGUGCAGACCCUACGUGUGCAGCAAGCCAAUGAGAUGAAGGAGCUGGAGAGCUAUGUUGCACAUAUUCGUGGGCUGUUAGAAGAGCGCGAGGGCCUGGCUGCAGAAUAUGAAAAACACAAUGAACAGCUGCAGCACGAACUUCACCAGAUUCAACACCAGCUGGAGAGUCAGAGCAAGGAGUUGGCAGAGAUGCUGGCUCAGGAGGACCUGGUGGAGAUGGGCUUGACCAGCCCCAGUGAGAUAGUGGCUUAUUUACUGGUGGAGAGGGCCACACUGCUGGAAAGGUUGGAGGCUGCUGAGAGGAGACUGGAAAGUCAGAGUCUCAGUGUUAACUUGAAGGAAGUUGACCACCAGGAGCUUAUUUGCCACAUGAGGGGGGAUGACCUGAGGCAGCAAAAGGAGGAUCUCCAGAAGACCUUCAAUAACGCAAUGAAGUGCUCAUCCCAGAGUCCGUGGAAGAAGCUGUUUGGCCUUCGCAGGUCUGGUCAGAGCAAGCACAGUAUUAACCCUGCCCACAGUGAGGAGAUUUCCCAAGAGCGAAAUGAGCGUCAGCAACUGGAACGGGACUUGGAAGAAGCAUCCCGGAGGCUGGCGAUGGCUCAUCAGGAUAUCCGCAGACUCACUAAUGAACUGGAUGCUGCCAAAAACAACAACCCAGACCCAAGCGGAUCUGAGCUUCAGGGAACCGUCCAAGAAGUAGAGAACCUGAGGAAGGAAGUGGAAAAUCUCAAACACUCUGAUGUGAUGAAGUUGCAGCAGGCUAAAGAGCAAAAUGACAAACUAGAUGCUGAGAACAGAGCUCUGAGGGACAGAGUGCGUAUUUUGGAGUCAGAGAAGAAAAAUCUCCUUGACCAGAAUGAUGCAGCCAAAGAAGAUAGAAAAGAUAAAAGUGUUUGCAGUGACCAACAAAACAAUCUGUCUGCUUUAUCAGCUCAAGAAAAAGAUCACAUUCACAAACGGUGUCAAGAGGCUGUGGAAGAUGGGCUUGUGCAGGUGAAAGAGCUGCAGCGACAACUGCAGAGGCUACGCAAGGAACAUGAAGAGCUGGAGGAGAGGAACGAGGAGCUGGAGGCCUUGCUCGGGGAAGCCCAGAAUGCUAGCAAAGAGGAGAGGCAUCGCCAUGAGGGAGAACUUGAGGGCCUGCGAAGAAGGAUCACAAACCUGGAGGCAGAGAUAAAGAAGCAGAAAACCCAAGAGAAAAUGUUGCAGAAUGGAGAAGAGAUCAAAACCACCGAGUCCUACUUAAAGUUGCACCUAAGGAACAGUGGUCAAGAGAGCCUGGCUAUGCUUGAGGCUCGUCUGACUGAGGAGAAAGACUGGAGGAAACAGCUGGAGUUGGACCUCAGUGCUGCACAGGCUGCCCUAAAGAAAGAGAAAGAGGCUUUGCAGAUAAGCGAGCGAGAGCGAAACAAACUGAGACUUGAGAACAACAGCCUUCAUAUAGAAUGCCAACAGGGGAAAACACUCAUCAAGAGUCUCACUCAAGUCAAGGUGGAAAAAACACUUCUGGAAGAAAAGGUCUCCCAGAUGGAGCGUGCCUAUAGCAGACUCCAGGGAGAGCUGCAGUGCUACAAAGACAGUAAGCAGACCCAAGAAGAGAUGAAGGAAAACAUGCUACACGUCAGCCAGCUGCAGGAACAAGCUAACCGGCUUACUGCUGAACUUAGCAGCCUCCAGACAGCACACAACAGCCUGAGAGAUGAGAUGGCUUCUGAGCGGAUGCAGACUGCAGAGCUACAGGCCAGGCUAAGCUCUAGUGUUCAGGAGAAGCUAGCAGCAGAGGGCAAACAGGAGAGAUUGGAGCUGGAGAUCCAGCGCCUCGUUAAACAGCUUCAGUGGCAUCAAGACCAACUAUCCACUACGAAGGAAGUGCUUGGCAGCAGCCAGAAGCCUGAACUGCACAUAGCUCAUUUUGAACCUAGAGUCAGUCCAGUGGAAAACAGCAGAGAACAGUGCUUGGCUCAGGAGCUGAGUGAUCUACAGAAUAAGCUAGAGAAGGAGCGGCAGCAGGGUCUUGAGCACAAAAUGGCCCUCGAGGCUCAGGUGAAUGAAGCCCAGGCACAUAUUAAGUCCCAAGAUUCGGUGCUGAAGCAGAAGACAGAAGAAGCUAAACAAAUGAAGCAAGACCUGCAGAGGGCCCAGAGCCUGUUUACCUCAGCGGAGAAAGAGUUACGCUAUGAGAAGGAGAAGAACUUGGACCUGAAGAGACACAACACGCUGCUGGAUCAGGAAAAACUCAAGCUUAGUGCAGAACUGAAGCAGGUCCAGACAAAGCUGGUACAGAUUGAGCAGAAAGUCACUGGUCAGGCGGCCGAGUGUGAACAUCAGCAGCAGAAAAUCAGGCAAUUGGAGCUGGAACUGGCUCGUAGCUCCGCAAACCGCAGUGCCACUACUAGUCUGCAGGGGGACCUCCAGGCUGAGAGGGCACGACUCAUCGCUGCUGACAAGAAGGUCCUGGAACUACAACAGCAGCUGAAGUCUGUCCAGCACCAGCUGCGUGUGGAGGAAGCUCGUGCAGGCGAGACCAACCGCUUGGAGAGGGAAAGCAGGGAUCUGUCUGACGCCUUGUCAGCUCUCAGAGCCCAGCAGCAGGAAGAGCAUAUCAACAGGAAGCUGUUAGAACAGCGCGAGGAGGAGCUGCAGCAGCAGGUUCGCUCCUUGAGGCAUAAGGAGGCCUCAUUGACCAGGACAAAUGCAGAGCUCAGCCACCGUGUCCAGCAGCUGGACACCCGUCUAUCCGUCCUGGAGGCUGAGCUUAGCAAUGCUAGAGAGGAGGCAAAAGACAGCCAGGCGUCACGUCAAAAGCUGCAGGAGGAGCUGUUGGCCAGUCAGCAGGAUUGUAAAGGACUGCAGGAUGAGCUGCAGCAGGUUCUCCUCCAACUUGACGUGCAUGUCAGAAAGUACAAUGAAAAACAGAGUCAACACAAGACCAAACUGCGUCAGGCCAAGCAGGUGUUUCUAAAGGCAACCGAACAGAGAGACAGCACCAUCCAGAAACUGGAGAAUGAUCUCGAGCUUGCUUCCAUGCUUUCUCAGAAGGACAAAGAGAGGAUCCAGUUAGUGAUGGAGGUCAAUGAGAAGCUUUUGGAGGAGAAGAGGGAACUGGUGCAGAAGAUAAUUGAGGCCGAGGAGAUGGGCAGCAAGGCCAUGAAGACCGCCUCAACAGUCCAAUAUAGGGUUAACCUCUUAGAAGUGGAAAACAAACAACUGCAGGACGAAACCUUGAAACUCUCCAAUCAAGUCAGUUCUUUAGAGCGUGCUCUGAGGAAUGUCCAGUCACUCUACAGCAUGGAGAAUGCCAGAAAAAUGCUUCCCACUGAUGCUCUCACUGACAGCAUCCUACAUACGUCUGCACUAAGUUUGACGUCAGGUUCUGGUAACAAACUGGACAUCCUGGAUGCAAUCUGUCGGGUGAAGGUGGACGAUGGUGUGCUGGCAGAUGGCACCCGGACACCUUUCACCAUACACCAACCUUCAGAGCAGGGAUACCUGAAUCUCACGUCCCCAUUGAUUCCUCCAGCCUCUGCCAAAGGGGCGGAGGAGAGCUCUAAAAGCAGUGACCAGUGUUCUGAUGCCCGUGAGUGCGAGCGUGUGCUGGUGGAUGGUGCCCGGACACUUUUCUCCACACACCAACCAUCAGGGAUACCCGAGUCUCUCUUCCACAUUGAUUCCUCUAGUCUCUACCAAAGGCACAGAGGUGAUAGUAAUGAUUUAAUGUGUCAAAGAUAUUUUAAAAAGAAUAAGCAUUUUAAAAAAUGUAAAAAAAAAUGGUACUCAUUUCAUAUCAACCAUAAAGACAGACUCAAGAUAGACAAGGUGGACUCAAUUUUUCGUUUAAUAAGAGAUUGCCAUACACUGAAAGUAAAUACUGGACUGUUCAGAGAUGAGUACUAGCUACAAUCAGUGCUUUAUUUACUAUUUAUAGUUUUCUUUUAGUCUGCAAAGUCACACAAUUACAGGCAUUUUUUUUCCUCUUUUUUAAACUUUUUUUUCUGUUCUCCAAGGACCCGCUGUUUAAGGCAUUUGUGCUUUAAUCACAAAGACGAUCAGCAGUAAGACUUUAGUCAUUUGCACAUGGUAUUAAAUACAGGUUUUGUAUCCACCGUUAUACAGUGUCUUUGGUUUUGUCUUCAACGUGCCUGAAGUGACGAAGUGUGAAUACAUCUGAUAACAAAAACGACAUGGGAACAAUGAGAUGUAGUCAAUAAGAAACUUUCACUCCUGUUGUAUUUGUACAAAUGCAUUUUUAAAAAAAGCUAUUUUUGUAAAUAAAGACUAAUAAAUAAACAAUGCUUUUUUUUUCUUUUUUUUUAUUUCCCCUACAUCUCACUGUGCACUGUUGUGACUCAGCGAAGGAUGCAAAGCUGCUUUUAUUUUACACUGAUAACAUUGAGUUUAACAUCUCUGGAGUUGUUUUUUUGUAUUUGUAAUGAAUGGAAAUAUAUGAGAUAUUUUAGAAUGAAAUUACUGCUAUUACCAUCUGCUUUUUAAUA